AUCAUCAAUGGGGAGAGGGAGAGUGGUGUUGGAGAGAAUAGAAAACAAAAUCAACCGUCAAGUGACCUUCUCAAAACGAAGAAAUGGUCUGCUCAAGAAAGCCUACGAGCUCUCUGUGCUCUGCGAUGCCCAAGUUGCCCUCAUCAUCUCCUCCAGCAGUGGCAAGCUCUAUGAGUUUGGCAGCACUGACGUGAACAAAAUUCUUGAGCGGUACCGUCAAUGUUGCUACUCCUUACAGGGCAAUGUUGCUGAGAAUGAAACACAGAACUUAUACCAAGAGGUCUCCAAAUUAAAGAUCAAAUACGAGUCUCUUCAAAUUUCAGAGAGGCAUUUGCUUGGAGAAGAUCUUGAAAAGCUUCGCCUGAAAGAACUGGUGAAUCUUGAGAAUCAACUCGACAAAACUCUCUCAAAAGCUAGACAACGAAAGACGGAGAUGAUGUAUGAUCGAUUAGAAGAACUGCGCCAAAAGGAGAACGAUCUUGGAGAGAAAAAUAAGCAGCUCAAAUCCGAGCUUGAGGAAGAAGGACAUGCUCAAGCAACACUGCAAGGUCCGGGAGAGCUUCCACUUACAAAAGACAAUCGCAUUGAAUCAGAGCAUCCCACCUUACGCUUACAGAUAUGGGAUCACCAACCAGUCCCCAAAGAAAAAGCAGCUGAUGAUGAUCAAGGGAGGACCAUGGUGGGUGGGAGCAAGAGUAACUGCAACCAGCGGGGUUGGCUUCUUUAAAAGUUCAUCACAUUAUAUACAUAUGUAUGUAUAAAUUGUUCAAGCGAAGCAAGCGAUUUAUUUGCCUGCAUAACUAUCUAGUACUUUCAAGACAUGCUUAAUUACUGACACAUUAAUAAUUUAGAGUAAUGAAGACAUAAGUUAGCUGCAUAUUCUUUUGAUGCAUAAAAUGAAACAUUCUUCCACUCUA